AUGCAUAUCAACAUUGCUGCUCUCGCAGUCGCCGCUACGACCUUACUCGCUUCGGCCAACGCCCUAUCGCCUCAAGAUAUCCCAGCCAAUCUUCCCGUUGCGCAGCUCCUUACGUCGGCGCAGUCGCAUUUGUCUCGUGGCGAAACCAACGAGGCUCUCGUCUACUACGAUGCGGCCAUCGCCCGUGAUCCCACCAACUACCUGACUAUCUUCAAAAGGGCCACGACGUACCUCUCCUUGGGCCGAACCUCGCAGGCAACCGACGACUUCAACAAAGUACUGUCGCUUAAGCCUGGCUUCGAGGGCGCACAUCUUCAACUCGCUAGGCUACGUGCCAAAGCAGGAGACUGGGAGGUUGCAAAGACGCAGUAUGGUCUUGCUGGGAAGCCCCCUGGCUCUGCUGAGGUCGUAGAGCUUGAAGAAGCCAAGCUGGCGGCGAAGCUGGCUGAGAUGGCUGGCAAGGGAGAGAAAUGGGAUGAGUGUGUCAGUCAUGCUGGCACAGCCAUCACCGUUGCCAGUCGAUCCCCCCAUUUGCGCGAACUUCGAGCGCACUGUCGCUUCGAGCUUGGUGACGUCGAGGUGGGUAUGAGUGAUCUGCAACAUGUGCUUCAUAUGAAGCCUGGAGAUACAAGCCCACACAUUGUUAUCUCCGCUACCUCGUUCUAUGCAUUAGGUGACAUGGGAAAUGGUAUUGGGCAGGUCAAGAAGUGCCUCCAGUCUGAUCCAGACUCCAAAGUCUGCAAGAAGUUGCACAAACAGGAGAAGAAGGUGGAGAAGGCAUACAAGAAGAUAGAGGGACAACUCGGCCGAUCUCAGCCUACCACAGCAGGAAGGGCAUUAGUUGGUACCGCUGAUGAACCUGGCCUGGUCCCUGAUGUUCAACAGCAGGUGAAGGAAUUGAAGGAGAACAAGAGCAUCCCCAAGAACGCCAGGAUACAGCUACUGGAAAGCUUGAUCGAGCUCACAUGCCAAGCAUACACAGAGUCAAGCCACAAAGACGCUGCCAAAUAUUGCGACGAGUCAUUGCAAAUGAACCCCGACUCUUUUUGGGGCCUUCUCCAUAAGGGCAAGGCUCAGUUGAAGAGUGAACUUUACGAUGCCGCUAUUGCUACCCUACAGAAAGCCGCUGAACUUCGUCCUGAUCAGAAGGACAAGGUCAACCCCAUCCUUAACAAGGCUCAUAUCGCUCUGAAGCGCAGCAAAACAAAGGACUACUACAAGGUCCUUGGUGUCGAACACGAUGCCGACGAACGCCAGAUCAAGUCCGCCUACCGCAAACAGUCCAAGAUCUUCCACCCUGACAAGGCUGCCCAGCAAGGUAUUUCCAAGGAGGAUGCUGAGAAGAAGAUGGCCAGCAUCAACGAAGCAUAUGAAGUACUUAGCGACCCCGAAUUGCGAGCGCGUUUCGACAACGGCGAUGACCCUAACUCGCAGGAAGCACCCAGGAACCCAUUCCAGCAGGGCAACCCCUUCGGCGGCGGCGGUGGACAUCCUUUCAUGUUUCAGCAAGGCGGUGGUGGCCCAAACAUCAAGUUCCAGUUUGGAGGUCAACAGUUCGGCUUCUAA